CUAAUCGAUAAAUUAAAAGUAUCUUUCAGCAUUAUAACUGCAUGACUUAUAGGAUCUACAUGGACGUUUUAGAAACCAGUAUACAUAUUUUGGAUUUAACUUUGAAACAGGAAGUUAAAACAUCAUUUCAUGUGUAGAGUUACCUGUGCUUAAAAAUUGUUCACAUGAACGAUUAUGAAGAAGUUGACACAAGAUGAGCGGAGGAACAUUCAAUCGGAAGAAGGAACCCUUAUCUGAACCUCACAGACACAUAGGUGCUCAAGACCUUUUAAAACAGAAAGAGAGUGUGUGUCACAGUGGAUUUCUGCGCAACCGCGGGAAAUUGGAGAGAAUUGUUGGAUCAAAUGCAUUAUUUAAAGCCAUAUUUUCAGAACUUUCGAAAUGGCGUCAGCGGUUUGUGAUUAUUGGGCGAGGGUGUCUGUACGUCUAUAAAGAUGAACAUGGAAGAUCUCCAAUAUAUUCCGUGUCUCUCAGAGGAUAUUGCAGAGUGGAGAGGCCUCCCCCAGCAAUGGGGAUAGAGGUGGACACGAGGAGGUGCUUUCAGGUGGUGCCGUCACACGAGGCUUCAAUGAAAACCUUUGUCUUUGGUUGUGCAAAAGAUGGUGAAAGGAAGGAGUGGAUGCAGCACAUCCGAGAAGAAAUGCUCCUUGCCAAUUCUGUGACGGACGAUGGAAAAGAAAUAUCAGGGACUGAGUCUGAUGAAUAUGUUUACUUGGAAAGACCAGUCAUUGAAAAGAUAAUAAAAGGAAAACCUAAUGUACCUAAAAGAAAACCUCCUAGCACACCCAAACAUAAUGAUGACGACACGGACAGUGAUUCUGAUUAUGAUAAGAUUGCAGAGGACGAAAUGAAGAAGAUCAGGGCGAAACCUUUACCGGCCAUCCCAUCCGAGGAAGUUGUGAAAAGGCCACAUAAGCCAAAGAAAUUGAAACCAAGGAAAAGUGAAGAUGAAUAUGUUUUUAAUGACUCCGACAGGGACAAGGCAAUAGAAAUUUUAUCCAAUCGAGGCAGCGGAACAUUCUUGGUGCGGAAAUCCAGAGCAAGUGAUCAACAAGUUUUAUCUGUCCAAACAGAAGAAGGAAUGAAAGAAUAUAAAAUUUAUUCUAAGCCUGACGGACUAACGAUCGAUAAUAAAACAUAUUUUCAAACAGUAGACAAACUUAUCGACAACUACAAACGAAUGACUCUUCCAAACCGGACAACGACUCUGUCACGGGGAUUCAGUGUCAGCGGAGAAGGAUAAGGCAUUGUAGUAAAACUGUUUUGACUUUCUGAUCUAUUUUCUAUUUAUCAUUAGAAUAUCUCCUUGACGACUGAUUUAGUUGUUAAAAUGUAAAUUAUUUAUUCACAAAUAGAAAAUACGUCAGUAACGUCAUAUUUUAGUUAGGAACGUCAAAGCAAAGGCAAAUUCAUUUUUGUUAUGAGUAUUCUUUGUAAAUGUCAUUCACAGUAAUAAAUAUCUGUAUUAUAUGUGUGAAAAGUCAUGAACACGUAUGCAUAAUGCCUAUAUUUUACAUUUUUUAAUUGUAAAUGUUUAUCAGGUUGUUAUUUUUUUUUAGAUA